AUGGCUAAAUCUAUUGAUCUCGCAGAUGAAAUAUCUAUCAAGGAGAUCACCAACAAUCAUGAACAAUCACCUCGUUCUUUGGAAAAACAGAAUGAUAUAGAAAUCAUACAACAAGAAGAUGGAGAUAGUGAUGGUGAUAGACCAUAUGCCAUGAAUGAAGGUACCAAAUUCUUCAGUAAUGCCAUUGAUACAUCUAGUGUAAACUCAGACACACCUACACUGCCACACCAACUGCAACAACAGCAGCAACCACAAGCUCCACCAAAGAAAAUCACGGAAAUCACCAGCAAGACCAAAAUGAUCCUCCGCAAAUACGCCUCAUUUAUUGGCCCUGGCUUGGUCGUCUCUGUCAGUUUCAUUGACCCAGGUAACUAUCAAACAUGUGUUACUGGUGGAAGUUCCAAUCGGUUUUCUUUGUUAUUCAUUGUGUUUUUAUCCAAUUGUAUUGCCAUUUUUUUACAAAGUUUAUGUAUUAAGUUGGGCAGUGUUACCGGUUAUGAUUUGGCUCGAUGCAGUCGAGAAUUUCUUCCCAAGAAAUUAAACAUUUUGUUAUGGAUCCUUGCUGAAGCUGCCAUUAUUGCUACUGAUAUUGCCGAAGUUAUCGGCAGUGCUAUUGCAUUGAAUAUCUUGUUGCGGAUCCCAUUACCUGCUGGUGUUGUGAUUACUAUUGUUGAUGUGCUAUUUGUCCUAAUGGCGUAUCGUGCCGAUACAUCAUCAAUGAAAUUUGUCAAGAUAUUUGAAUAUUCAGUGGGGGCAUUGGUGGGAGUUGUUGUCAUUUGCUUUUGUAUACAAUUGUCGAGGAUUCAUGCUGACGCCAGAGAUAUUUUCCGAGGUUAUGUUCCCAGUAAACAGAUGUUUGAUGGAAGUGGAUUGACCAUUGCCACGUCCAUUGUUGGUGCCACGGUCAUGAUUCAUUCAUUGUUUUUAGGUUCAGGCUUGGUUCAACCACGAUUACGUGAAUAUGAUGUCAAGAAUGGAUACGUCAAUUUGGACAAAAUUGUUAAUGAGGAUUCGAACGAUGCAUACACUGAUGAAGAAAAGAAGAAGUUAAAACAGAAGCAAUAUGAAAAAGAAGCUGAUUUUUUUUAUCAUGAAUAUAAACCAUCCUAUAAAGCCAUCAACUACUCAUUAAAAUAUUCCAUUAUUGAACUAGCAAUCAGUUUAUGCACAUUGGCCCUCUUUGUCAAUUCGGCAAUCUUGAUCGUUGCCGGAGCCACAAUGUACGGCACUCCCGAGGCAAUGGAUGCCGAUUUAUACACAAUCCACGACUUACUCUCCCGUUCCAUUGCUCCAGCAAUGGGUACCAUCUUUAUGGUUGCGUUAUUAUUCAGUGGUCAAAGUGCUGGUAUCGUAUGUACAAUUGCCGGACAAGUUGUUUCCGAAGGACACAUUAAUUGGACAUUGAAACCAUGGUUACGAAGACUCGUUACGCGAAGCAUAUCGAUUGUGCCCUGCUUGAUUGUGAGUGCAUGCUUGGGGAGAGAUGGGAUGGCGAUCGCAUUAAACAUUUCUCAAGUUAUCAUAUCAAUCUUGUUGCCUCCAUUAACUGCACCAUUGAUUUACUUCACUUGUUCCAAAAAAUUCAUGAAGGUUAAAUUGAACAAAGAUGAUGAAGUCAAAGAAAAACAUAUUGGACAUGUUGAUGAAAAUGGCGAUCGAUUCAAGUAUAUGACAAAUAGUUGGAUUACUACUAUUUGUGCUGUGGUUGUUUGGGUCUUGGUUUCAAUGUUGAAUAUUUAUGCAAUUUAUGAUAUGGCAAAGAAUGGUGUAUCUGGAUGA